UCGCCGCAGGACAGGCAGAAUCCGAGCAAAGGGAAAGGCUUUGCUAGCUCUGCCCCUCCGGCCAGCGUACGAUCGAGCUACCUGCCGCGGGCCUGCCCGCACAAAUAUCUCCAAGGAAACACCUAAGAACAGCGCCCCUUCGAGGCAAGAAUCAGCAGCAAGCUCCCGGCGAGCUGAGCUUUUCGUAUUGUGCUAGCUAGCUACCAAUGGAGGCGGCGCCGCUGGGCUGGGGACGGCAGGAGGUGGACGGGUGGCGGAAGGGCCCGUGGACCAGCCAGGAGGACACGCUCCUCGUCGAGCACGUCCGGCAGCACGGCGAGGGGCGGUGGAACUCCGUCUCCAAGCUCACAGGUCUGAAGAGGAGUGGCAAGAGCUGCAGGCUCCGGUGGGUUAACUACCUGAGACCAGAUCUGAAGCGAGGCAAGAUCACGCCCCAGGAGGAGAGCAUCAUAGUCCAGCUCCACGCUUUGUGGGGAAACAGGUGGUCGACGAUCGCGCGCAGCCUGCCGGGCAGGACGGACAACGAGAUCAAGAACUACUGGAGGACGCACUUCAAGAAGGGGAAGCCGGCCAAGAACAUCGAGCGCGCGAGGGCGCGGUUCCUCAAGCAGCGGCAGGAGAUGCAGAGCCAGCAGCAGCAGCUGUUGCAGCUGGCCGCCGGGCAGGUCGCCAAGGACGAGAACCAGGACGGCGGCGGCGCGCGCACCGGGGCCGAUGAUGACGACCGUGGCAGCGCGGUCGUCGACGACGCGUGCGCGGCGCCGUCAUCGCCGGCGUUGGCAGCCGAAGCCGAAACCGCCGCCGGGCACCACCACCACGAGGACCUGAUCAUGCACGACGCCAUGGACUUCAUGUGCCCCAUGUCGUGCGCCCUCCUCCUCCACGGCGCCGUUCACCAGGGCGGCGGCACCGGCAGCUGCUGCGGCUCCACGGCCAGCGACGAGUACGGAUCCGGCGAGGAGGACGGCGCCACGUGGGGCAGCCUGUGGAACCUCGACGACGGCGUGGUCGUCGACGACGUCACCACCGCCGCCGGGGCGUGCACGCUCUGGUAGAGGGAGAUUUGCUAACCCUGCUGCCGCAUGCCUUCUACCAGAGCUAGAGAAGCUGUGAUCGUCGUGUAGCGGUGGUGGCCUGGUGCUGGUGGAUAAGGACGGAGCAACCGCUACCGUACGCCCACUUUGCAACAGCGGCACAGCUGCCGGCGCCUCAGCCGAUGACACGUAAAAGCUCCCGGACGCUUUCUUUAUGGGGAAACGUACACAGAACAAGUUUUUUUUCUCUGUCUCUCGCUACGUAUAGCUAGCAAUUAGCAAAAGCUCUCUGAUCCAUACCCUGAAAGACCAAGGGGAUAAGAGGGUGACAAAUUACCAAAUUUGAUAUUGAUUAUUUGCAACCACGCAUCAUGCAUGCAGCAUUGAGUGUAAAGUGUGUAUUACGUGCAGGGGCGGAGACAGCACUGGGUCUAGGGGGCUCCAGCCCCCCUAAACCCCAAAAAACCAUGGAGCCCCCUUGAACCCCUCCCCCGCUCAAUUUUUUGAGAAGAAAGGAUGAGGAAGAAGGAGAGGAAGAAGAAAGUAAGAGAGAGGAAAAAAAUUAGCCCCUCCUUCAACCAUUUCUAGAUCCGCCACUGAUUACGUGUAAUGAACAAUAUGAUCUUCAGU